AUGAAGAAGGGGUUCCUGGCUACGCGGCCUGAAGGCAAAGCUCGCGAGCCUCGCAAGAUUGCCCCGCCGGUCGCAGCUGCGGCAGAGGACCCUUGUCGCCCUCACGUGCACGCUCCCAAGUCAUCAUGCCCGGACUUGAGCAGCCUGCUUGGUUCUGCGAAGGUGCUCUUGGCUUCAGGGCAUGUGUCUGCAGCCUCUCGAGUUGCGGAUUGCGCCCGAAAGCUCAAAGAAGCCCAUCCAUCGCUGGCUGAAGAGGCAUCGGUGCUUGAAGCUUGCGAGAAGAAAGAGAAAGAGGUGACCGUGCGAGCUCUCUCGCUGGUGGCCUGCAAGGGGCCUCCCAUUGACGCCAUGCUGGAGCUCUUGAGGCACGGCAUUGAAGGAAGUGUCUGGGAGCAGAUGCACCAGUCUUUGCAAGAAAGUCUUGGCCACUUUGGGUCGAUGCUUGAGGAAGUUGGCCUGAUUGGCAAAGAGAGCCUCUUGCUGCACACGCACCAGCAGCGAGACACCAAGCAGAUCUGUGUUUUUGCGCCAAGGUGCGGGUGCGGAGGAGUUUGGGUCGACAUACCCUGCUCAUGCCCUGAUGCUGCCGUGGCCGCAGCACGGGCUGCGGGAAUGUCUGGCAGAGUUCUCAAGGAUGGCAAGCAGGAGGAUGAUGCUGGUUACAACCAGAAUCCAGAAACAGCAACUUGUGACCCGGGUGUCUGGCAAGUCGUGCAGAGUGCCGCAUGGCCAGCGCGCGAGAUGUUGUCGAGCGGCAACAAAUGGGCUGCUCUGUGCAAUGGCGACUGGGUAGAGAUGGUUCCGCCUGGCGAAGACCAUGCACGCGGCGCUCGCAGCAGCGUGCAGCGUGACUGGCCCCCAAUUCGCUGUGCCGGCGAAUUUCUUCAAGGGGCGGUACCAAAGGUGUGCUUCGACGAAGCCCUGGGGCCCAUAGCACAGCAGAAUCCGGUGCUCGUAACCGGGGCGCACUUGCUGAGCCGUGCCGAGGAGCGGUGGAACCUGGAGUUCCUCGAAGAGACCUCCCCGGAUCCCAGCAGCCCUGAGGCGUCGCGCUUCUCCGUGUACCGCGCGCGAGAGCCGUCUCGGCGCUUCCGCUAUGCUGGUCGCGCUGCAGAGGAAGGUGAGGACUCGUACAACAUGCACGGCGAAGAGUGCGCAGAACAGCUGCUGCUGGACUUCCGCGACUUUGCGAGUCGGAAGCGGGCGGCUGCACAAGGCUGCGGUGAUGGUUUUGCAUAUUACCUCUGGGGCGUGGCGCUGCGAAGAGCAGAGGACAAGGGGCCGAGCACUGGAGGAGAUUUUGAGGGCUUCAACUUCGGACCUGCUGUAGACGACGACUUGGCAGAAGAGCGCUGCUGGCAACACCUGAACCAACUGCAGAAAGUUGCACAAUGGGGCCGCUUCCGGCAAGCACAGAUUUUCGUAGGCUGCGCCAAUGCAUUGACGCCGUGCCACUACGACCUGGUUCACAAUGCGUACGUUCAAGUGAGGGGUUGGAAGCGGUUCCUCCUCAUUGAUCCCUGUUUCUCACCCAACCUGUACGCCUACCCACAGGGCCACCCCAUGGACCGAUGUGCGCAAGCAGAUCUCGAAAGUCCAGACUUUCAGCUCUUCCCCAGGCUCAAGGGAGUACGGGCACUUGAAGCAGUCCUUGGCCCGGGGGACUUGCUUGUGCUGCCUGCAGGCUGGUGGCAUCACGUGCAGUCCUUGACAGAAGACUCGCUGUCCGUGAGCUUCUGGUUCGACCACGAGGCUCAAGCUGUACCUCAACCGAGACUUCUGACCUCCUUUCAGCGAGUACAGCUCGCGCGCGACGCGGAGCGCGUGCUGCUUGUAGUCCUGGGCACACCCAGGCUGCGCGCCGCCCUGGGCACGCUGCGGGGCAUGCUGGGAGAAGGCGAGGCCGGCGAGGCCAUCUCCCAGAAGCAGCAAAGCUCGGAGGAGGUCCUGACUUGCGCAUGGCUGCUGUGGCGCCUGCGCUGCAGCCUGGGAAGUGGUGAGGUGGCCAGAAGCUUCGUGCUGGCGAUGGCCUCCGAUGCGCGCACGAGCCGCCUAGAGCUGAAAAAGGCUGUCCCGGAGCGCUGCCCCGUGAACUCCUUGCGGUCCUUGCACGAAGGUUGA